GGGAGAGUUUCCAAAAGUCCUUUCUCGGCCAACCUGCUUUACAACAACGCCAUCAACAAUUGCCCGCGAUCGUCAUGACGGCGCCAAAAGUAUCCUCAUCGACACCUCGGCGGCCGGCCUCUUCGACACCAGUCAAGAGAAGUCGGACGGGAUGUUUGACCUGCAGGCAGAGAAAGUUGAAAUGUGACGAGCAAAGACCACAAUGUGGGCAAUGUCAGAAAUCACACCGCGAAUGUGUCCAGUCUGAAGGCAUCGCAUGGAGACACAAUCAAAACGCCGGCCGCGUAGGGGGUGAUGAAAAGAGCUUGGGCAGUUUUUUCAAAUACACAAACUUCUUCACCGAUGAACAACGACGGAUGUUUGUGCCUGUACCAUCGCAGCUUACCUUUGUCUAUGUUGACCCUACCACCGAAGAGGUGGGUAGUCCUCCGCCAGGAACCCCCAGCACAUCUGAAGCACAGCAAGUGGCCGCGCACUCUCUGGAAGCCCUGUCAACUGCCGCGGCAGUAGGCAAUACCAAUACGACAAAUUAUCCCGCGCAAUACUACACCAAUCCCCAAACCUCUUCAUAUCCAGAGUACAGUUUUGUGCGCCUGGGUGACUCUGCUGGUGAUUCACAAGGCCUCGGAAGCCUCACGGAGCUCAUUCCACCUCGCUCUCCUCCCAAUCAGGUCGCCAACUCUCUCAUCGACCCAUCUCUUGAGGAAUCGGUUUCCCAUCCUCCGAAUGAUGGCUCAAUUGGCAACACAGAUGGGGCACAGGAUCUGAAGAGUGAAGAUGUCGAAGCUAGUCAGGAAGAUGAUUCUCAUGUCGCGCUGGCGUUGCAGAAGUUCAAUGCUAGCACAUGAUGAAUGCCGCAUGUUGCUAAUCAACACACGGUGCCCCGCGCUCAUGGCUUGAGAUAGAAUCUCAUUCUCAUCACGCGGUUGGUGCCCUCCCACACAUGGCUUCAAAAGAUGAUUGACAAUGUUGAUCUCACCUUGCAUACUCUGAGUGACACAUUUGUUCAACAUGCAUACUUUCGGGGAAACAGUUGUGCAUCAUGCAAACUCCCGGGAAAGCACCUGUCCAUCAUUAAUUCAGGAACAAAAAGGUCUUCAAGUCAUCAUGGGCGUCUUAAUCUGGCUGAAGGGGAAUCUGGAUGAUGACUCUGAUGCAGCCUCUGCAGCUACGGCAUGGUUUAGGGUUUUAUUGAUACUGGUCUUCAUAGCGAUUCGGAUACCAAGGAGAGACUUGCUAAGAAUAGGUCAUGGCGAUUGGGUGAGUUUGGCGCUUGGCUGGAAAAAUGUUUGGUCAAGGUUGGCCAUAGUCAUGAACCAGUCAAUUGCAAGUAAACCACUAAUGAAAUUAU